AUGGCCACAAAAGCGCCCCCUCCUCAAUGGUACCCCCCGACAAAGACGAUCCAGGAGCCUGUGCUCAAGGUUUUCAACUCAUUGACGAAGGGCAAAGAUGAGUUUGUGCCCACAAAAGGCAGAAGGGUGGACUGGUACAACUGUGGACCGACUGUAUACGACUCUAGCCAUAUGGGGCAUGCCAGGAACUACCUCACCCAAGAUAUCGUCCGGAGAAUAUUGCGCGACUACUUUGGCUACGACGUCAACUUUGUCAUGAACAUCACCGACAUUGACGACAAGAUCAUCCUCCGAGCUCGUGAAUCAUACCUCCUCGACCAAGUCGUCGCCACGACCCCCUCUCUCACUCCCGAGCUCAUCUCUGACGCCGAGGAAGCUUUCGCCAAGUACCUCCAGAAGCCAUUGAAGGCGCUCCCGGAACCAUUGGUCGGAGUGGAGAAUGCGACGACGUUUGAGGUUCUGGAUCUGCUUGUCAAGAGAGAUCAGAGCGACGCUGCGUGGGCUACCAAGGCGAGGGAGAAUGAAGAAAAGUUUGGCAUGUACUUAACGAGCCUUGGCAAGGCCAGGGAGGCUAUCCUCAACUCCAAGAAGAGACUGAACACCCCUGAAGCUUCCGGUGAAGCUGUCAAGGAUCUCGUGUCCAGCUCUACGGAUACUCUCGGCCCCUUCCUCGGCGAAAAGCUUGGCAACACUAUUGAAGACCCUAUUGCUGUCUGCCGUCGCCUCGCCGCCCACUGGGAAGAUGCCUUCUUCACCGACAUGGCCCGUCUUCGCAUCCUUCCUCCCGACACUGUCACCCGAGUGUCCGAAUACGUUUCCGAGAUUGUCGCCUUUGUUGGAAAGAUCAUCGGCAACGGUUUUGCGUACGAGGGUGGAGGGAGUGUCUGGUUUGACGUGGAGAAGUUUGAAGGGGCAGAGGGAGAAGGGUUCAAGCAUGAGUACGCCAAGUUGCAGCCGUCUAGCAAGGGAAACAAGCGAUUGUUGGAUGAGGGGGAAGGUGCACUGACCGGAUCUCAGGGCAAGCGCCGCCCAGCCGACUUUGCCCUCUGGAAGGCCAAGUCCAAGCCCGGAGAGCCUUCUUGGCCUUCCCCUUGGGGCCCCGGCCGACCCGGCUGGCAUAUUGAGUGCUCCGUCAUGGCUUCUGAGAUUCUCGGCGGCGGUAUGGACAUUCACUCGGGCGGUGUGGACCUGAUGUUCCCCCACCACGAUAACGAGUUGGCGCAAUCAGAGGCUUAUCAUGGGUGCAAACAAUGGGUCAACUACUUUUUGCAUACUGGACACUUGCAUAUCGAGGGGCUCAAAAUGAGCAAGUCGCUCAAAAACUUUAUCACUAUCGAUCAAGCGCUUGAAGACUACUCUGCCAGGCAGCUGCGAUUGGCUUUCAUGCUUCAAGUGUGGAACACCAACCUUGAUUUCAAAAAGGACUUGAUCAUUGACACCAAGGCCAAGGAAGAGAUCUUUGAUAAAUUCUUCACCAACGUCAAGGCUCGUGUUCAAGAUGCCGCUUCUCGACCCCAAGAUGGUUUCCACCAUUACGACAAGGAAGAAAGGGCAUUGAUGAACGCUCUUUACAAGGCCCAGGACGACUUCCGCACCGCCCUUUGCGACUCCUUCAACACCCCUGCCGCUAUCCAGACCCUCCUCUCCCUCGUGUCCGCAACCAACGCCUAUUUCAAAGAGACGGGCAAGGACUACAACAUUGCUCCUGUGGUCACGGCGGCGCAGUGGGUGAGCAAGAUGUUGAGAAUGUUUGGUCUGGGAGAGGGACUUGUGUCGGAGGGAGAGAUUGGGUGGGGAAGUGUGUCUUCUGCUGAAAGCGGAGUCGAGGGAGGGCUGGAAGGAAAGCUGGAUCCUUACCUCAAGGCGAUGGUGUCUUUCCGGGACGAGAUUCGUCGUCUUGCGAUUGCCGGCUCUUCUUCGCAAGACAUACUUAAACUUUGCGACAAGUUCAGAGAUACCGAUCUCGCUACUCUCGGUGUACAGCUCGACGAUGGCGCGUCGGCUUCUGGUGGUGCGCUUUACAAGCUCGUCGACCCUGCCGUGCUCGCUCGUGCAAAGGAGGAGAAGGAACGCGAGAAGGCAAAGAAGGAGGCAGAGAAGGAAGAGCGAAAGAAGGCUGCCGAAGCCAAGCGUAUCGCUACCCUUGAGAGAGGGCGGACUGCUCCUGCCGAGAUGUUCAAGCCCCCUCAUGUCGCCGACGGGCUGUAUACCGAGUGGAACGAGGAAGGUCUGCCGACAAAGGACGGAGAGGGCAAUGAGCUGAGUAGGAGUCUGGGGAAGAAGUUGCAAAAGGAACAAAAGGUGCAAGAGAAGGCGCAUGAGGCCUGGGGAAAGUGGCAGGCAGAGGGUGGACAGUAG